AUGCGGCAGGACAAGCUGACCGGCUCCCUGAGGCGCGGAGGGAGAUGCCUGAAGCGGCAGGGUGGUGGUGGCGGCGGCGGCGGCGGCGUGGGCACCAUCCUGAGCAAUGUGCUCAAAAAGCGCAGCUGCAUUUCUCGGACCGCGCCCCGGCUGCUCUGCACCCUGGAGCCGGGAGUUGACACAAAGUUGAAGUUCACUCUUGAGCCAUCUUUAGGUCAAAAUGGUUUUCAGCAGUGGUAUGAUGCUCUCAAGGCAGUUGCCAGACUAUCAACAGGAAUACCGAAGGAAUGGAGGAGAAAGGUUUGGUUGACCUUGGCAGAUCAUUAUUUGCACAGUAUAGCUAUUGAUUGGGACAAAACCAUGCGCUUCACUUUCAAUGAAAGGAGUAAUCCUGAUGAUGACUCGAUGGGAAUUCAGAUAGUCAAGGAUCUUCACCGCACAGGCUGCAGUUCUUACUGUGGCCAGGAGGCUGAGCAGGACAGGGUUGUGUUAAAACGGGUCCUGUUGGCCUAUGCCCGAUGGAACAAGAAUGUUGGGUACUGCCAAGGCUUUAACAUCCUGGCCGCUCUAAUUCUGGAAGUAGUGGAAGGCAAUGAAGGGGAUGCACUGAAAAUUAUGAUUUACCUUAUUGAUAAGGUACUUCCUGAAAGCUAUUUUGUCAAUAAUCUCCGGGCUUUGUCUGUGGAUAUGGCUGUCUUCAGAGAUCUCUUGAGACUGAAACUCCCCGAAUUAUCUCAGCACCUGGAUACUCUUCAGAGAACUUCGAACAAGGAAAGUGGAGGUGGAUACGAGCCCCCACUUACGAAUGUCUUCACGAUGCAGUGGUUUCUGACUCUCUUUGCUACAUGCCUCCCUAACCAUACAGUCUUAAAGAUCUGGGAUUCAGUCUUCUUUGAAGGUUCAGAAAUCAUCUUGAGAGUGUCGCUGGCCAUCUGGGCAAAAUUGGGAGAGCAGAUAGAAUGCUGUGAGACAGCAGAUGAAUUCUACAGCACCAUGGGGCGCCUUACCCAGGAGAUGCUAGAGAAUGACCUUCUGGAAAGCCACGAACUCAUGCAGACUGUUUAUUCUAUGGCUCCAUUCCCUUUCCCACAAUUGGCAGAGUUGAGGGAAAAAUACACCUACAACAUUACACCAUUCCCAGCCACAGUUAAACCCACCUCAGUUUCUGGACGACAUGGUAAGGUCAGAGACAGUGAUGAGGAGAACGACCCAGACGAUGAAGAUGCUAUCGCUAAUGCAGUGGGGUGUCUUGGGCCUUUCAGUGGGCUCCUGGCACCUGAACUGCAGAAGUACCAAAAGCAAAUUAAAGAACCGAAUGAAGAGCAGAGCCUGCGGUCUAAUAACAUCGCGGAGCUGAGUCCAGGAGCAAUCAAUUCCUGUAGAAGUGAAUACCAUGCAGCUUUCAACAGUAUGAUGAUGGAACGCAUGACCACAGAUAUUAACGCGCUGAAGCGGCAGUAUUCUCGGAUUAAGAAGAAGCAGCAGCAGCAGGUGCAUCAGGUGUAUAUCAGGGCAGACAAAGGGCCAGUGACCAGCAUUCUCCCAUCUCAGGUAAACAACUCUCCAGUUAUCAACCACCUUCUUUUAGGAAAGAAGAUGAAAAUGUCAAACAGACCUGCCAAGAAUGCUGUCAUCCACGUCCCUGGUCACACAGGAGGCAAGAUGUCUCCUGUCCCCUAUGAAGACCUGAAGACGAAGCUCAAUUCCCCAUGGCGAACGCACAUCCGCGUCCACAAAAAGAACAUGACGAGGACCAAGAAUCAGCUGGGCUGUGGGGACACCGUGGGGCUGAUAGAGGAGCAGAAUGAGGGCUGCAGGGCUAACAGCCUGGGGGCAGCGGCGGCUUCCUCCAGGUGUGCGGCAGCAGCUGGGAGAGAGGGUCGCUGCUCCGAAGGCAGCACCGGGAGGACGAUCGAAGGGCAGUCUCCAGAGCCCGUGUUCGGGGAUGCCGAUGCCGAUGUGUCUGCGGUCCAGGUGAAGUUAGAAGCCUUAGAACUGAACCGGAGGGAUGCUGCUGCUGCUGACCCUGAGCCCAAGGCACACCCGCCCUGCCCGCAGCACUUCCCAGAGCUGCCUGAUGCCCCUGGUGAAACCAGAGCCCCCAGCAAACCUCCCCAGGGCAGCCACCCGAAAGCGCCCAUCUUUAGCCCUUUCCCCAGCGUCAAGCCACUGCGGAAGUCAGCCACCGCCAGGAAUUUGGGACUGUAUGGUCCUACGGAAAGAACCCCAACCGUGCACUUUCCUCACAUGAGCAGGAGCUUCAGCAAAUCGGGUGGUGGAAACAGUAGCACUAAGAAACGAUGA